GCAUAGAUCUUUCAUGUUAAAUAAAGAGCUCAAAGAGUGUUCUUAAAACUUUAUUUAAAAAUAGUUUAAAAAUAAUAGGAGUAUUGAAAUGAUAAAUAAGGCGUAAUAACCAAACAACAUUUUUCUAAACGGUGGGUUAAUUUUUUGAAUCUCAAGAUGCCAGCAGUUGAAGACGUAGAUGUAGAUAAGAUAUGGAGGGCGUUAGGGAAAUGGGGAAGUUAUCAAAGGAGACAGCUUAUUGUGGAAAUGGUCGCGAUAUGGUCAUGUAGUCUUCAUAUGCUAUCAAUUGUCUUUUUAGGCUAUAAACCAGACCAUGAAUGUAAAAAUGCCUACAACUCAUCUAAUGGCCAAGCGCAUUCGAAUAAUUCUAUGUCGAGAAGAUUUGAAAAGUGCUCAAUAACGUAUACUACUAACGAAACGGGUGUAUCCAUUGUUUCUACGACGGACUGUACGGACGGAUGGAGAUACUUUGAUCCGGAGCCAUAUUCGGAGGACCGUUCAUUUAUAUCCGAGUGGGACCUUGUAUGUGAACGAAAGGAAUUAGCAGAGGUUUCUCAGACACUACUUAUGCUUGGACAAGGUAUCGGGGCGUUUGUCUUUACAAGUUUGUCGGACAGAUAUGGUAGAAAACGAAUUCACAUCAUGUGUCACGUGAUCAUAUUCUGUGUUGCGCUUGCUACCGCUUUCGUUCCGAAUUUCACGCUAUUUGCAGUAAUGAGAAUGCUUACAGGCGCAUUUCAACAGGGAACUGGUCUUACACUUAGCUUGCUUCUAAUUGAGAUGGUGCCUAGAGAGACACGUGGGACUGUCGAGGUUUGCAGUCUUCUUUUUUGGACUACUGGUAUAGCUAUUGUUACACCAAUAGCUUAUAUAUUCCGUAAUUUAUCCUGGCGGUAUCUUCAAAUAUGUCUGGCGUGUUUGUCAGCAUGGUCUCUGAUCGAAUGGUGGUUGAUAGACGAGUCUUUAAGAUGGCUUAUAGCUAACGGCCGAAUUAAGGAAGCAAAGGCUAUAAUCUUAAGGGCAUGUAAAACAAACAAGAAAAACUUUGAUCACGUUGUCAGUGUCAGCGGUUUCCGGGAAUAUGAGCUGAAUUAUGAAACCAAACUAGAAGUGAAAAAGGAUGAAAGGGCUGUACCGUUGACGGAUACAAUGACUAGUAACAAGGAGAAUGGGAAUACCAAGAUUGAUAUGUCAGUGAAACAGUACACAGUGAUAGACCUUGUUAAGUCGAAGAGAAUAUUCAUUUCAUCGUUAAUCAUGUGGUUUGCUUGGACAACAAACAGUAUAACAUACUACGGUAUAAUGCUUAUAUCAUCUAGUUUGGCUGGGAACCGCUUUUUGAACUUUUUCCUUGGCUCUAUUGUUGAAUAUCCCGCUGCAGCUGCAGAGUUAUACUUAAUAACUAGAUAUGGUAGGAAACCGGCUUCCAUUAUUUUUCAUACUAUAUGUGGUACUGCUUUGAUAAUAGCAACAAUUCUGACCACAACCGCCGGUGGCAAUUCUGCAAUGGUUAUAUGCUCCACUGUUUUCACAUUGAUAGGAAAGUUUGCAAUUACUGGGUCAUUCAGUACAAUAUUCUUGUACACGCACGAAUUAUAUCCAACGAAUAUGAGAAAUGUUGGAGUUGGUUUGUCGUCAACAGCAGCUAGGGUCGGUGGAAUGGUUGCACCGUUCUCAAGAAACUUGGCUGAGAUAGCCGCGUGGUCGCCUGGGCUAGUAUUCGGCAUAAUGUGCGCUAUUGUAGCAGUAACAAUGUUCUGGAUGCCAGAAACGCAUAGAUAUGAGCUUCCACAAACGCUUGAGGAAUGCGAACAAUGGUACAAAGAAAACAGGUUUCAUUUACCAUGUUGCCGGAAGCAUGAUGUUGAUAAAACGGAAGUAGAUCAACAAAUGACGUAAUGAUGAUAUAAUGACAUUUUUUCUGCCGUGUUAUGGUUUUAUUUAAAAUAUCAUAGAUUUGUACAAGCAUAAACAUAUAAUAAUCUAUAUCCAGAAAUUAAUUUGUACUGUAAUGUUAUUAAAACGUUCGUGAUAUUGUUAUAUGGUGUGGUACUACAGGGCAAAUCGCUUUGUUAUAAAGCAAUCAUUUUGAUACUGUUUGGUUUGAUG